AUAGUUUUCAUAGCUGGUCUCUUAACUAUUUAAAGAAAUCUUAACUGAUCUGUCAGCUGCUUGGGAGAGUUCAUUGCAAGUGUUCUUCCCACACCUCGCAGUUAUGAACUUUUUGCACCUUUUUGGGCGAUUGAAAUCUGUCGUCAUUGGGAUGGUCCAUGUGAAAGCACUACCAGGAACACCACAAAAUACAUUGCCAUUGACUCAGAUCACUGAAGAAGCCUGCCGGGAAGCUGAAAUAUAUAAGGCUGCAGGAGUUGAUGGGUUGAUUGUAGAGAAUAUGCAUGAUCGGCCGUACACAGUCGAUGUUGGAGCAGAAAUUACUGCAGCCAUGGCAGUCAUUUGUGCCACAGUAAAAAAGACAUGCCCUCUUCUCCCAGUGGGUGUUCAGAUUCUGUGUGCCGCAAAUCAACAGGCUACAGCAGUUGCUCUUGCUUCAGGUCUUGACUUUAUUCGAACUGAAGGCUUUGUUUUUUCACAUGUAGCAGAUGAAGGGAUUCUAAAUGCCUGCGCUGGCAGCAUACUGAGAUACCGGAAACAAAUUGGUGCAGAACACGUUCAGAUUUUUGCUGACAUUAAAAAGAAACACAGUGCUCAUGCUUUGACAGCUGAUGUCAGUGUGGCAGAGACUGCUAAGGCAGCUGAAUUCUUUCUGGCUGAUGGUGUUGUAUUGACUGGAACUGCAACGGGGAUGGAAGCGGAUCCCAAAGAACUGGAAGAAGUUAGACAUGCUGUGAAAAUUCCAGUGCUGGUUGGAUCUGGAGUUACUCUGAACAACGCGAAGAACUACCUGGGUGCAAAUGCUUUGAUCAUUGGUUCGUAUUUCAAGAAAGAAGGAUAUUGGGCAAACAGUAUCGAUCCAGAUCGUGUCAAAAGGUUUAUGGAUCAUAUUGGUCGACUGAGAGACUGAAAUCAGCAUCUGCUGCAAGCAUACAGAAUCGUUAUGCUGCUUCAGUUGUGUCAUGAACUGAAGCACCUUGCCUUGGUAUUAUGCAAAUAUCUGAUAUUUGGGACAAAGUUUUUUCUUUUAAUCCUCUAGAUGAAACAUUGAGGGCCCACUUCCCUCUUCACUCACAUAUCUUCUGUUCUCCUGCUCCUUGUUGCUACAGGAUAAUUAGAUAAUACUGUCUCACACUUUCUUGCCCAGCCUUUCACUCAGCCAGGUAAGAAACUGUUCUUUCUGAGCAGUGAUAAUGCUUCAGGGGUUCAUCUUCUCCUGGCAACUGUAGCAGUCCUUGUGGCAGGAAAUCUUGUUAUAACCCUGCUUCCUCAUCCAGAUAAUAAUAAUAAUAAUAAUUAUUAAUAUUAUUAUUAGAACAUUUCUAUGCCGCCCCUUGCCGAAGCCUCGGAGCGGCUUACAACACAAUAAAAUAC